GGUGAAUGAAAAGAGCACGAGGGAAUCCUAAGCUUUAUAUGGGCAACAACAUCAGACGACAGAAGCAUUUCCCCCAGAAAAAUUAUGCAUCACCUGGUGGGAGCACCAAAGAUAAUUGAGAUGAAACCCAAUAAUCCACUGCCCCUCCCUCCGUCUUUAUGCUUCUCUAUCUAGCCAUUAACUCUCUCCUAUUAAAGAGCAAGCACCCCCACUUAUUCAAGCCUCUGCAGGAUAAACUUCUAAAUAACCUUCCAGCUAAAUUGGAAGUGUUCCUGCUAUGACUUUCCACAGAGAGGAUGAAGAGGCAAAAAAGAUAUCAAAUAACAACCAAGAUGUAGAAUCCAAGACAAGCGAGAAUGAUGAAAUAGCUUCGGGAGAGGAUAACUUGGGGGAAUGGUUGAGUUUAGGCCUCAACAGAAACGAGUCCUCCACAGUUGGAGAUUCUGAUUCACAAUCAAAGCCUGCCAGUAACAAGGUUUUCUCUUGUAACUUCUGCAAGAGGAAGUUUUUUAGUUCACAGGCAUUGGGUGGUCACCAAAACGCGCACAAAAGAGAAAGAGGAGCUGCCAAGAGGCACCAGACUCACAAGAUGAUGAUGAUGACAACAACAGGGUUUCCCUUCGGUCCUCUAACGCCUCGAUCACUGGGUGUCCAGCCCCAUUCGCUUGUGCGCAAGCCGGGUAGUCAAGGGUCUGCCGUGGUAGCGCGAUUUGGUGAUGCGGCUGCCAAUGCAGGGUUUGGGAUGGCAUCGACACCCUUCAUGCUAGAAGAAGCAAUGGAUUUGAUUUGGCCAGGAAGCUUUCGCAUGGACAAGUUGCCUGCAGAGCAAUCAUCGGAUGAUCAUCAUGUACAUAAGCUUGACUUGAAUCUUCGGCUGUGAUAUAUCUAUAUAUAUAUACCUUAUACUUCUAUUGGUGCUUCAAUAUAUGUUGUCCUUUAAUCUCAUCCAUGUAAUAUGUUUCUUAUGUUCAUCCCUCAAAUAAAUAAAAUAUACUAACGUACUUAGGUGUA